UUUUUGAGAAUUCGUAAUACAUUCAACGAAAAUUGAAGACAACAUGUCGUCCAGUGAAAUAUAUCGUUACUAUUAUAAAACCUCCGAGGAUUUGCAGGCAUUCAAAUCGAAUGCGAACGAGAUGUUCUUCAAUCCGAUGGCGGCGUAUAAUCCGCCACCGCUAGUGAGCGCCAAUCAGCAUCAUCAUCAUCUCCUGGAGCAGCAACAGCAACAAUACAAUUGUGCGCCCAACAACAAUUUUUUACCCACCAACGGUUUCAUCACUUUCGAGCAGGCAUCCUCCGAUGGCUGGAUUACUUCAUCACCGGCGAGUCAUCGGUCCGAAAGCCCCGAAUAUGUGGAUCUCAAUAGCAUUUAUGCUAAUGGCGCGCAUAGCGGCGCUCAUCCAUUGCACGCGACUGUCACACAAUUCGGUUUACAUUUGGAGUCGCCACCAGCGCCGACUGCACAGUUAACUGGCUUGCCUGAGACCACAACAACGACAAAUAGCACAAAAACGAAUGCGUCCAAGGCGCAAAACAGCGGUGCCACAACUAAAGCGAAGCGUUCAUACACGCGCCGCACACCAAAAGCAGCACCAGCUUCAACCGCUUCACCUUCAUUGCCGCCAAUUACCAGUGAUGCCAUCGUUUCCAUUGCGACUAAUGCCGCCGCCGCGAUUAGCGCCAAUCCGCACGUAGUUACCAAUACGCCUUACACACACGACUUCCAAAGUUUCGACUUUGACCAAGCUGCUGCUUUAUUUGAUGGUGACAGCGUCGACGACGACGAUAUGGACGAUCAUAUGUUGCUCUUUGGCGGCGAUGACGACUUCGAGGCCGCCGAUGGUUCCUUCGAACUAGCUGAUCAAUCUGCCGGCAUGCAAACUAAGGAUGAUAUCGCAGCGUCUACACAACCCGGCGCUAAGAAGCGUCGUGGCAAGCAAAUCUCGCCGGUGGUCAAGCGUAAGCGUCGUUUGGCGGCCAAUGCGCGUGAACGUCGCCGCAUGCAGAAUCUGAAUCAGGCCUUCGAUCGACUCCGCCAAUAUCUCCCGUGUCUGGGUAAUGAUCGGCAGCUCUCCAAACAUGAGACACUCCAGAUGGCCCAAACUUAUAUUGCGGCAUUGGGCGAUUUGUUGCGCUAAGCUGUAAGGAAAGUGUUGGUUCGAGGCAUGGCCGAAACAGUAUUUCUUCGUUGUUGUUGUGAGAUACAAAUGACUGAGUUAGACAAUACAACUGUAAAUGUGUAGUUGAAGUUUCCUUAGUUCUAAGCGUGUAUGUGUUGCUGUAUAUUUAUUUAGCGUUAGUUAGGUUUGAUAAAAAUAAUAUUUGUAAAAUUUAAAAAUAAGUAAGCCAAAUAUUGUACAUAAGAGACCGGAAG